CUUAUAUGCUUUUAUUCAAAAGAAUGCAUGUGAUUUUUCAAAAAAAGCCUCGACAUUUUACGUUUCAUGCACACCCUCCAUGAAGCUUUAUGUACUAAAAUUAAGACAGAUUUGGCGAUGGAACUGAUGAUUUGAAAACAUCAAAUUCAAGACCCAACCGUUUGUUCUUAAGAUAUGUACAAAAGGAAAAGAAUAGUUACGAUUAACGAACCAGAAUAAUAAUUAAAAAAGGAAAAAAGAAAUGAUUGUUAAAUUUCUCAGAAACUUCAUCAAAUCUUAAAUUCGCAGAACCGAAAAAUAUAUAUUAUUGCCUCUGGAAAACCUAGCGCACACACAUCUUCUUCUCCUCAACUUCUCCCAUGGACGGAUCCGCCAUCAAAGGCCUGGAAUUGAACGAAGGUGGUGAUGCAUGCAUUCGAGAAAGCAGUGGCAUGAUAAGCAGGAUUUACGUUCAGGGAUACGACACUUGGCUUCAUCCCCAUGAUUUGGUAAUCUCUAUGAGAAAACACUUCGCAUCAUGUGGAGAUGUGAUACAUGUUUAUAUUCCCGGAUGCUUUUCCACCGCCCCCCGUGAACUCAACAGAUUUGCCUUGGUUUAUCUUCGGGGAGAAGGUGCAGAAGAGAAGGCGUUGAAACUUAGUGGAAGUAACAUGAUAGUCGUCGUUAGGGGAGAAGGUGCACAAGAGAAUGCGUUGAUACUUACUAGAACCAACAUGAUAUUCGCUAAGGGAGAAGGUGCAAGGACUAACAUGAUAGUCGUUAAGGCCUACCCGUUUGGUGCCAACGACCUUGACUCUGAGUUGGCUCCUAUGAGAGAUGCAGACAAUCGGCAUCUUUACCUGAUGGGAGUUAGGGGAUAUGAGUCUACGCUUCAUGUGGAUUAUGUCAAGGACUUGCUGAUGAAACAUUUCUCUGAAUGUGGACGUAUCUUUCAUGUUUCUGUUGGCCCCAGGUUAGCUAUUGUUUCUCCUGUGGGACAAGACACAGUAGAUAAGGCGCUGUAACUUGGUGGAUGUAUUGUGAAAGGAAUGGAGAAUUUGGAAGUUUCUCUGGUUGCGCCGCCACAGAAAUGCACGAUGUCUACCCUAAUGCCAUCCUGGUUUAAUGAAGAUCUUCCUCUUGCUACGAGAGUUGCUUUAAGAGUCGGUCUGCAAUGGAGAAAAUUUUGGAAUAAGAUACGAGCUCCUCCCGAGCCUUCUGCUGAGGAAAGGGAAAGAGCGAUUCGAAAGAACCCUGUAUAUCCCGACCUAUUUUACUGAUCUCCGUUCGGUUAAUUUACCAUUUUGUGAAGGUGUGUGUGUGGAGCCAAGUCGCUAUUAUGUGAACUUUCUAAUGUUUUCUGAUGUUUUUGUUGAUUAAACUUUCUAAUGCUUUCUACAAAUUAGAUGAUUAUUAUUCAUAGCCG